AUGGGUGGUUUAUAUAAGUAUGUUGGAGUAUUUGUUGUUGUAUUUGUGUUGGUGAUAGGAACAUGUGAAUGCCGAAAAAUAAAGAAACAUGAUUUUGGUGACAACUUUGGUGCUGGUGGCUUAGGUGGUGGUUCAGGUCAAGGUUUUGGUGGAGGUUUUGGAGGUGGUAAUGGUGGAGGUGGUGGUGGUUUUGGAGGUGGUGGUGGAGGUGGUAGUGGGGGUGGUUUAGGAGGAGGAAGUGGAAGUGGUUUUGGUGGAGGGUUUGGACGUGGUGGUGGAAACGGAAAUGGUGGAGGUGGUGGUGGUGGUGGUUUUGGGGGUGGUGGUGGAGGUGGUAAUGGUGGUGGUGUAGCGGGAGGAAGAAGUAGAGGUGUUGGCCGUGGUAGAGGAUUUGGCGGAGGUGCUGGUCAUGGUGCAGGAUUUGGAGGUGGAGGUGGAAGAGGUGUUGGAGGUGGAUCUGGUAGAGGUGCCGGUGGUGGCUUUGGUAGAGGUGGGGGAGGUUUUGGAGGUGGAGCUGGUGGAGGUUCUGGAAGUGGAGGAGGUCUUGAUGGAGGCUUUGGAAGUGGUGGUGGCUUUGGAUUUGGUAUUGGAGGCGGUAUUAGUGGCGGUUUUGGAGGUGGUGCAGGUGGAGGAGGUGGCGGUAGUGGUGCAGGUGCAGGUGCAGGUGGUAAAGUUUAA